AUGACUCGAAGUUCACACCCUGUUCAUGCGCACAUAUUGGACUUUGACGACGAUUUCGAACGAACUUUGAGAAGGAAGAGGAAGCAGCCAGAACUCAAUCCCUCUAGUUCUAGUUCCGAACCUGAAUCUGAAGCUGAAACGGACUUUGAAGAGGAACAAGACAUGGCUGUAGACAAUCGAACAAUCAAGGAACUUUCAGCCUCUGGAUUGGACACUGCAGUCCCUCUUUGCAUUCAAUACCCUAGGGCAGCUGUAGGUAAGACCGAUGAGUUUGAAUUGAAGUCGAGUUUGCUACAUCACAUUCCCAAAUACCAUGGGCUGUCCAUGGAAGAUCCAAACAAGCAUUUGAAGGAAUUUGAAGUAGUAUGUUCAAGCAUGACACCCAUUAACGUGGAUGGGAAUAUUUUGAAGAUGAAAGCCUUCCCAUUCUCUCUUAUGGACAAGGCUAAAGAUUGGCUCUAUGAACUAGCACCUGGAACCGUUACUUCUUGGGAAAGUAUGAAGAAAGCAUUCUUAGAGAAAUUCUUCCCAACUUCAAGAGUCAUUCUUUUGAGGAAGAAAAUUAGUGGAAUUCAACAAGGCCCGGGAGAAUCCUUUCCAGGGUACUAUGAGCGUUUUAAGACGUUAGUUGCAUCCUGCCCACAACAUCAAAUGAAGGAAGAGCUUUUAAUUCAAUAUUUCUAUGAAGGACUACUUCCACUGGAGAGACAAAUGCUUGAUGCUUCCGCGGGAGGUGCUUUGGUUGACAAAACACCAGUUGCUGCGAAGAUCUUAAUAGCAAACCGAGCUUUGAAUGCACAACAAUACGAAGGAGUUGGAGGGAGAGAUCAUACACGGCCAAGUCCAGUUAAUGAGGUUGUUGAAGGAUCCAAAGUGCAAAGUACAGCCACUUGUAGCGUGUGCUCUAUGCAUGGACACCCCACUGAUCAAUGUCCUCAAUUAAUAGAGAAUGGGGGAUGGGAAAGUGCCAAUGCCGUAGGUUAUCAAGGCCAAAAUCAACCUAGGUAUGACCCAUUUUCAAACACCUACAAUCCGGGCUGGAGAGAUCAUCCAAAUUUGAAGUGGAGGGAGCCUCAACAACAACAAGGCGGAUAUAGACAGCCACCUCCGGGGCUCUAUCAAAGGCCGUUCGCACCAGCACAACCUCAACCACAAAUUGCCCAAUCAAAUUCAGGUUCGCCAUUGGAUAAUGAUAAAAUGCUUCAAGUACUAACUUCUUUGACUCAGGGUUUACAAAAUCAAGCCAAAGAGAUGAGCGAAGUGAAGAAGCAAAUUGGGCAGAUGGCGGAAUUCAUGGGACAGUUUAGAGAAGAAGGCAAACUACCUAGCUCAACCAUUGUCAAUCCAAAAGGAGGUUUUGAAACGGCUAAAGCUAUCAUCUUGAGGAGUGGUAAAGAGAUUGGAACUAAUCCCAAAAUGUCCAAACAAAGCCCAAAAGAGAACAAAAAGCUGCUGCUCAAAGAGAAGGAGGUGGACAAAGCCACGGCAAGGGAGGAACAACCCUUGCUGCAGUCCCCCAAAGCUCCUACACAACCAAACUCAGGUAAGGUUGUUCCAAAUUCAACUCAUUCUAACCCUAUCCCACCAAAUGUGCCUUUUCCUCGCAGGUUUAUGCAAUCUAAGAAAGAAGAGAAUGAAAAAGACAUCUUAGAGACUUUCAGGAAGGUACAAGUUAAUAUCCCACUUCUUGACGCAAUAAAGCAAGUUCCAAGGUAUGCUAAAUUCUUGAAAGAGCUUUGUACAACAAGGAGGAGGAUUUCAAACAAAGAAGUGGUAAGGGUAAGUGAGAAUGUUUCCGCAGUUUUGCAACGAAAACUGCCACCUAAAUGCAAAGAUCCAGGUAGUUUCACAAUCCCUUGUGUUAUUGGUAACACCAAGUUUGAACAUGCCAUGUUAGAUUUAGGUGCUUCCAUUAAUGUCAUGCCAUACUCUAUUUAUGCAUCUAUGAACUUAGGAGAGCUUAAAAAUGAUGGCUUUAUAAUUCAAUUAGCCGAUCGUUCUAAUGCAUAUCCGAAAGGAGUUUUGGAAGAUGUUUUGGUGCAGGUUAACCACUUGAUAUUUCCAGCAGAUUUUUAUGUGCUUGAGAUGGAGGAUUCGGCCCAUUCUACACCAUUGCCAAUCUUACUUGGACGACCUUUCAUGAAAACAGCCCGAACCAAGAUCGAUGUGUUCAAGGGGACGUUGACAAUGGAAUUUGAUAGCAAUAUCAUUGAUUUCAAUAUUUCUAAAGCUAUAAGGGAUGUCCUUGAAACCACCAUUGUUCAAGGAAUUGAACUCAUCAAAAAUGGGGCCGAACCUAAUCAUGAAGAAAUUGGCGAGAUGGUGGCUGCCCUUGAGUCACUGCCACAAUAUUUGGCACCCACUCUCGAGCUUAAACCGUUACCGAAUCAUUUGAAGUAUGUCUUCUUGGGAGAUAAAGAGACUUUGCCCGUCAUAAUCUCUUCAUCACUCACGGCAGUGGAGGAGGAAAAACUAGUUCGGGUGUUGCAAGAGUACAAAACAGCUAUUGGAUGGACUUUAGCCGACAUCAAGGGACUUAGUCCUACAACAUGCAUGCAUCGCAUACUUCUAGAGGAGGGGGCUAAACCAACUCGAGAGGCUCAACGCCGACUCAACCCUCCAAUGAUGGAAGUUGUGAAAAAGGAGAUCAUUAAGCUUCUUGAUUGUGGGGUCAUUUAUCCAAUUUCGGAUAGUCGAUGGGUUUCACCGGUUCAAGUUGUACCAAAGAAAUCAGGAGUCACUGUGGUAAAAAAUGAAGAGAAUGAACUUGUCCCCACUCGUAUCCAAACAGGUUGGAGAGUUUGCAUUGAUUAUAGGAAGCUCAACGCCACCACAAGGAAAGAUCACUUCCCUUUGCCGUUCAUUGAUCAAAUGCUUGAAAGGUUAGCUGGUCAUUCUUUUUAUUGCUUUCUUGAUGGCUAUUCGGGAUGUAAUCAGAUUGUUAUAGCCCCAGAUGACCAAGAAAAGACUACUUUUACUUGUCCGUUUGGUACUUUUGGUUAUCGACGAAUGCCAUUUGGUUUAUGUAAUGCACCAGCCACCUUUCAAAGAUGCAUGGUAAGUAUCUUUUCCGAUUUCGUUGAGAAGAUUAUUGAGGUUUUCAUGGAUGAUUUCAGUGUCUUUGGUGACUCUUUUGAUGGCUGUUUAACUAAUCUCACGUUGAUAUUAAAACGUUGCAUUGAAACCAACCUUGUUUUAAAUUGGGAAAAAUGUCACUUCAUGGUAAAACAAGGCAUAGUUUUAGGACAUAUAGUUUCAGAAAAGGGAAUUGAAGUUGAUAAAUCAAAAAUAGGUCUUGUACGCCACUUACCCUCUCCCACUUCGGUGAGAGAGGUUCGUUCUUUCCUUGGACAUGCAGGAUUCUAUAGACGUUUUAUCAAAGAUUUCUCGAAGAUUUCAACACCCUUGUGCCGACUUCUACAAAAGGAUGUGCCGUUUGUGUUUGAUGACAAAUGUGAGAAGGCGUUCAAUCACCUCAAAGAAUUGUUAACUUCGGCACCUAUCAUUGUUCCACCAGAUUGGAGCCUUCCGUUUGAGCUUAUGUGUGAUGCUUCAGAUUAUGCUUUAGGGGCUGUUUUGGGACAACGGAAAGACAAGAAGCCACACGUCAUCUACUACGCAUCCCGAACCUUGAAUGAUGCUCAAUUGAAUUACUCCACCACUGAAAAAGAACUUCUUGCUGUUGUGUUUGCUUUAGAUAAGUUUCGUUCUUAUUUACUUGGUACUAAAGUUAUAAUUUACUCUGACCAUGCAGCUUUGAAGUACUUACUCACAAAGAAAGAAGCCAAACCAAGGCUUAUUCGCUGGAUGCUUCUUCUUCAGGAGUUUGACGUGGAAAUUAGGGACAAAAGAGGAUGUGAAAAUGUAGUGGCUGACCACUUGAGCCGUUUGGUACAUGAAGAAGACCUUCUACCUAUUCCAGAGGCAUUCCCAGAUGAACAAUUGCUGACCAUUGAGGUAAGUGCAAAAGAUCAAAUGCCGCAAACCCCUAUCUUUUCUGUUGAGAUUUUUGAUGUUUGGGGUAUUGAUUUCAUGGGCCCUUUUCCUUCUUCACAUGGUUUUAAUUAUAUCUUACUUGCUGUGGAUUAUGUUUCAAAAUGGGUGGAAGCAAAAGCCACCCGUACCAAUGAUUCCAAAGUGGUUGCAGAUUUUAUUAAAACUAACAUAUUUGCAAGAUUUGGAAUGCCACGAGUACUUAUAAGUGAUGGGGGCUCUCACUUUUGUAAUCGGACCAUAGAGGCACUACUUAAGAAGUAUAAUGUCACGCAUAAGGUUUCAACACCUUAUCAUCCCCAAACAAGUGGACAAGCCGAAGUUUCCAACCGGGAAAUCAAGCAGAUCUUGGAAAAGACAGUUGGACCAACUCGAAAGGAUUGGAGCUUGCGUUUGAAUGAUGCAUUGUGGGCAUAUCGUACUGCCUACAAAACACCAAUUGGAAUGUCUCCUUUUCGGCUCAUUUAUGGGAAACCAUGCCAUCUUCCAGUUGAGUUGGAGCAUCGUGCACAUUGGGCAGUCAAGACUUUCAACAUGAACAUUGAUGCCGCUGGACUUCAUAGGAAAUUGCAAUUGAAUGAGCUUGAGGAAAUUCGGACUGAAGCUUAUGAGAACGCUCAUAUUUACAAGGAGAAAACAAAGGCUGCCCAUGACAAGAUGAUUCGUAGUAAAACGUUUUCUGUGGGGCAGAAAGUGUUUCUUUUCAACUCUCGCCUUCGUUUGUUUCCGGUCCAAAUUCAAAGUUUUAAGACGGACAUGAAUUCAAAGUGA